GAAUGGACGGGGGUGUGGGUCACAAAAUUGGAAGUCCGAUCUACAAACGAAGUCCAGACAUGACAAAAUCUCUGAUGACAAAAUCUGAGCAGCUUCUGCGAAUAGAGGACCACGAUUUCACCAUGAGACCAGCAUUUGGAGGUCCUCCAAUUCCAGUCGGAGUAGAUGUUCAGGUUGAAAGUCUGGACACCAUCUCUGAGGUGGAUAUGGAUUUUACCAUGACACUGUAUCUGCGUCACUACUGGAAGGACGAGCGGCUGGCGUUCCCCAGCACCAACAACCAGAGCAUGACCUUCGACAGUCGCCUGGUGAAGAAGAUCUGGGUUCCUGACAUGUUCUUCGUCCACUCCAAGCGCUCCUUCAUUCAUGACACCACCACUGACAACGUCAUGCUGAGGGUUUAUCCUGAUGGCAACGUCCUCUACAGUCUUAGAGUCACUGUCACUGCUAUGUGCAACAUGGACCUCAGCCGCUUCCCUCUGGACACCCAAACCUGCUCACUGGAGAUUGAGAGCUAUGCGUACACAGAUGACGACCUGAUGCUGUACUGGAAGAAAGGCAAUGAAUCCCUGAACACUGACGACAGAAUAUCUCUGUCUCAGUUCCUCAUCCAGAAAUUUCACACCACCACCAAGUUGGCUUUCUACAGCAGCACAGGCUGGUACAAUCGUCUUUACAUCCACUUCACCCUGCGGCGCCACAUCUUCUUCUUCCUGCUGCAGACCUACUUCCCUGCCACCCUGAUGGUCAUGUUGUCCUGGGUGUCCUUCUGGAUAGACCGCAGGGCAGUCCCUGCCAGAGUCCCUCUAGGCAUCACCACAGUGCUGACCAUGUCCACCAUCAUCACUGGGGUCAACGCCUCCAUGCCACGAGUGUCCUACAUUAAGGCAGUGGACAUUUACCUCUGGGUCAGUUUUGUCUUUGUCUUCUUGUCGGUGAUAGAGUACGCAGCGGUCAACUACCUCUCCACUGUACAGGAGCGGAAAGAGAGGAAGCUGAGGGAGAGACUGCCGUGUACAUGCGGCAUUGGCAACCCGGACGAGAUGAUGAUAGACCCCCAGAUCACUGGCUAUGGGACUAUGGAUAUCAACACCACAGGGAAUUAUGGGAUGCCGGAGAACGGCGGCCGCCAGGAGCGAAUGUUGGCUCAGAUGGCGCUCAAUGACCCACAGAUUGCCGGCCAGGUGAAGCCAUCCAGGGGCUACGUGAACAUUUGGAUAGACACCCACGCCAUAGACAAAUACUCGCGGGUUGUCUUUCCUGGAGCUUACAUCCUCUUUAACAUCAUCUACUGGUCCAUCUACUCAUAACCAGAGAUGUAGAAGUGCAUCAUCUGAUCUGAGAGAGCCAUCCAUGAGGGAACUCUCACUCUCUAAACUUGGCUCAUAUUUAAUGAGCAGGAAAAAUACAUUGCACUUGAUGCUUUUUCACUGGAUGCAGAGACAGAAACUGUGUAAGAUGCAUGAGGACCACUGCCAGAUGGGGACUAUUGCCUUCUUGACCCAGCCACUUAAAACUGAUGAGUUGCACUGGUUUCAGUCAAAUGUACAGUAUGUGGUUUCAUGUUUUAACUAUAUUGGUGGGGAUGGAAAGACAUUUGGAUUUUUUGUUGUUGCUGUCGCCUGAUGUUCUAACUGCACAGAGAGGUGAACACAAAUGGUGUUAUUGUGCAGCUGAGCUCCACUACUUUUUCAGUUCUCAAUGCAGUGACUUUUUGAAAUUAAUAACCUGAAUGCUCACAAAAACGGAUCUCCAACAUCUCCUCCCCUCUGCAUACAGUAUGGGUUAGACUUGACAAUCAAUAAAACACUAAAAGU